AUGGCUUUUCCACAGCCGCCACAUGAGACAAUCGAUCUCUACGAUUUCAACCAACACACCAGGGUUUCUAGAGAUAGCUCACAGCAAGGAAUAUGGUCGAAGCGCAAAAAUACUGAAGAUCAUCGAAGGUGGAGCAUCAUCGAAUUAUCAGUCGACAACCACAACGACUGGCCAAGAUAUGCCAAAGUAGAAGAGGCGUCCUCGGCACAUCCAUCUCCUCUGAAGAACAAUGUUUCCUUCAACCAAACAAACUUUCUCCAUCCCCCGACGCCUGACAGAGAAGAGUGCUCAUUCAGCCAAAAGGGCAAUGAAUUCAACGACACGAUAUCCCUCACACCUAGAUCCCACAAGGAGGGCAGCAAAAAGAAGAGUCCAUUCGUGUGGUGGACGUUAUGCUUGUGGCUGGUCGGGGUGUUGAUGCUCACAUUGACGGCCGUGUACUCGACCGGAUCAGCCAAGGCUUUGAUGAGACAGACUUUCUUUGUCGCAUCGUCCAGUAACUCUAUCCUGAUCCUUCGUGUAUUGACCGAGCUCUGCGCCCUUGUCCUGGCUGCUCUGGUGGUCGUCGUUGUGGAAGACUUGCAGUGGGCACUUGCAUCCCGCCCCGGCGGCGUAAGUCUCUUGCACUUUGUAGGACUGGAUGCUGGUACAGGUGUAUGGGGAUUGUUGCGUCUUUUGGCCACAGCUGAAUGGAAGCAGAAAUAUUCCAGUUUGUUUCGUCUGCUGGUGAUUUGCUCGAUUCCUCUGCCUGGUAUCAUCCUCAUGGGUGCUAUUUCCAUCGAAUUGGUCACCUUUCCCGAAAAGACAUACAAUGUGUCCGCUGGGAUCGCUCCUUUCAAUGCCUCCCAUAUCUACGACAUUCGGCAAUCCACAGCCACCGCUCUGUUGGUUCAGAUGGGCAGCCCUGCCUGGUCUGACAGAGACUCUUUCUCUCUGGAUCCCUUGCAUCAGGGCGCAGGGCAAUGUACUGGGACAGACGGCGGAUGGGCACCAUGUGACGAAUCGCAUCUUCUUACUGGUGGUGUCGUCUCUAUUGCGCCACAGGCUGACGACUUGAAGAGCUUCCCCGACUCUGCGGCAUACGUAGUCCCCAACACACGCGUCAUUCAACUGGAAUAUGGCAAAGUUCACGAUCUCGACGCCCUCCGUGCAAAUGGAACUUGCUUCCUAAUUGGCGCCGACAACGCUGCUUCUUACUGGUGUACUGCCGUCGGUAACCAACAAGGUCUACUUUUCGGGUCGGCCUACUGCCCAAUCUCACUACAAUUGACAAGUUCCUGCAUCAAUAAUACAGCCUGGACCCAACCCUUAGAACUAUCGUCGUCAUUGUACGUUUACUCGCGUUAUGCUACCGUCACUUACGACCGCGGUAACUUUUCGAUUCUUGAAGUCUCAGAUAUGACACCACCAAAUCAAGAAAUCAUUGGUCUUGAUGACUACAUGCUCUCGUUAUCCGCGGUAGUUCCCGGUUUCAACAAGAGCAGCCCGGCAACAAAAGGCGACAACUCAGCCUUGGCCAUUUACGCUGUCACAGCGCUGCCAAUCAACGACAGCGAAGUAGCCAAGAAGCAGUCGUUAAAGGCAAUUCGAAAGGCUCUUUCGGUGCCAUUCACUUACUUUCAGGCGAACUACUUCUCCCCUGGGCCCUCGAUUUGGGAACUCAAGGGUCCACGCGAGGGUCUACCAGACGACAUGUACUCCACCCUAUCUAUUUCCAUUUUGAGUCAUCAGGUUGUCGCAGGGAUUGUCAGCAGAUGGCUUUUCGUCACAGUGAGUGGGAUAAUUCUGUGCAUAUCGUUAGCCAUCAUUAUAGCGACGUCCAGGGUCUGCGGAAAGAGACCAGAGAGAUGCGGCUACCCGACGCUGGAUUUUGCCGCCGUGUGCGCCGUAAGAGGAGGAAUACCAUCCGGCUCGACAGAAUUGGGAGGUAGUCAAGAGCCGACUGAUCACGAGAGAGGCCAUGCGAGCGGUCUACACAGGAGUCUGACACAGCUUGGUCAGAAGCCUCAGCCAUUUGGUGUUGCAAAGAAUAUAAAAAACGAAAGGGUAAUAUUAAGCUAA